AUGUUCCUAGUUAUCUUGACUCUAGCUACAACGUCUAUCAUGCUAGUGGCUGUAUCCACUUUUACUUUUAAACACAUCACAAGCAUAUUAUCAUUAGUAAGAAGCAUGGGUAUGACAAUUGCAUUUAGUACAGUUUUAAUAAAAACUGUGAUGUUUUUAGCACAUCGUGAAGACAUGGAUUAUCUUAACAAUAAUCUCACCACACAAUACCUAGCUGAUCUCGAAAUACCUGAAAAUCGGCCAUACAUGUUGAAACGAAUUGGUCUAUAUGCUUAUUACAUGUACAGUUUUUCCGCUUUUGUUGCUAUAACAAUGUUUCUCUAUGCCUUUGGACCGUUGAUUGACUAUCUAAAAUAUGGCAAGUUCACGCGUGCAGUGCCAUCAAUAAUACCUUUUGAUUACAAAUCUGGAGGAUUAAUGCAUUGGUUAUUUUAUUUUACUGAGUUUUAUGGGUUGUCCACAAUUUGGUUUAUUUCAAGUGCUGUAGAUUUGGCUUACGUACUUUAUACGAUUCAGAUGUGUGGUGAACUAAAAUUACUUGCCAAAAAAUUUAAGGAAUUAAAUCUUGAAGAAAACUACCAGGCACAAAUAAAGGAUUGCAUUGACAGACAUAAUUUGCUUAUACACUCAAAGAAGAGAAUCGAAAAUACUUUUGGGAUUAUUGCUAUUUGGAUGGCUAUUUCGAGUGCCGUGACUUUAUGCGCUUUGACAUUUCAAGUAUCGGAAAUAGCUAAAAAUAAAUUGAGUAUUCAACGCAUUGGCCGUUUGUGUCUUUCUCUAUUUCCAAAAGCUGCACAAAUUUUCGCUUAUGGCUGGCAUGGUAAUCGAAUAGAACGGGAGAGUGCAAGAUCUUUGGAUUCGAUGUACGGUUCACACUGGCCAGAAAACUGCUCCAAGCAUUUUAAAAAUGAUAUAACAAUCGUAUUGGUGCAAAAACCAUUGAUUCUAGUUGCCAAGGGUUGCAUGUUUAUACAGUUGGACAUGUUUACAAAGGUUGUUAGAGCUUCAAUGUCAUACUUUUGUUUGUUGAGGUCUUUGACGGAAGGGUAA